UAGAACAGAGGGUCACAGGUCAGUGUGCGUGCGUGUUUGGCGAGGACUCGGAGCGCACGUGGCGCCUGCAGGCGACGUAGGUCCGGGUGGAAAUGCGCCCCGGUGCGUGGGGCUUGUUUCCGCCCCAAACAACCCGUCGCAGGAGGCCGCGCACCCGCCCCUCGCGGCCAGCAGAUGGCGCUGCCGGCCCGGCUUUGCGGCCUGGAAGCCGGAAGCGGCGGCCGGGCGCGACCGGCGGGCCCUGGGCGCCGGGGACCCCGCGUGGGGCCGUACCCUCCGCGCGCCGGCCCCCGAUCCAGAAAGGGGCGCCGAGGGGCGUCUGCAGAGGGCGUUGCGGGUGUCCGCUGGACGAGCGGCCCGGGGCCCCAGGGAACAUGGGCGUGCUCAGGGCCGGCCUUUGCCCAGGCCUCACCCAGGACAUGGUCCAGCUUCUGAGGAGCCACGGAAUCAAAACAGUGGUGGACCUGGUUUCCGCAGACCUGGAGGAGGUAGCCCAGAAAUGUGGCUUGUCUUAUAAGGCCCUGGUUGCCCUGAGGCGGGUGCUGCUGGCUCAGUUCUCAGCUUUCCCCUUCAAUGGCGCCGAUCUCUACGAGGAACUGAAGACCUCCACUGCCAUCCUGUCUACCGGCAUCGGAAGCCUAGACAAACUGCUCGAUGCUGGUCUCUACACUGGAGAGGUGACCGAAAUCGCAGGAGUCCCGGGUAGCGGCAAAACCCAGGUAUGUCUUUGUGUGGCUGCAAACGUGGCCCAUGGCCUGCAGCAGAACGUCCUGUACGUCGAUUCCAACGGAGGGCUGACCGCCUCCCGCAUCCUGCAGCUACUUCAGGCGAGAACCGCAGAUGAAGGAGAGCAGCUUGCUGCUCCGCCAAUACUUCCUGUGUCCUUCAAGCCUCCCUGUUACGGCACCAUCCCGGCUUGGAUUCUGCCCACGCCGUCCUCCCGGGAAACCCAGCUCCUUGCAUCCCUCAGUCCGGGCCUGGCAAACACCCGGCAUCGCUGGUUCUGCCCCGUUUCUUGCCCACGGCAGACACCACUGGCAGGAGCUCUCCAGAGAAUCCAGGUGGCGCGUGCCUUUGACAUCUUCCAGGUGUUGGACGUGCUGCAGGACCUCCGAGGGGCUGUAGCCCAGCAGGUGCGCGACUCUGCAGGGACUGUGAAGGUGGUCAUUGUGGACUCCGUCACGGCUGUGGUGUCCCCACUUCUGGGAGGUCAGCAGAGGGAAGGCUUGGCCUUGAUGAUGCAGCUGGCCCAAGAGCUGAAGACCCUGGCCCGGGACCUCGGCGUGGCGGUGCUGGUGACCAACCACAUGACCCGCGACAGGGACAGCGGGAAGCUCAGACCUGCGCUGGGCCGCUCCUGGAGCUUCGUGCCCAGCACCCGGGUGGUCCUGGCCAGCGGCGAAGGAGCAGGGGCACCAGGCAGCCAGCGCACCGUGUGUCUGACCAAAUCUCCCCGUCUGCCAACAGGUUUCCAGGAGACGGUGGACUUUGGGACCUGGGGGACCCUGGAGCGGAGUCCAGAGUGACAGGGAGAGCAGCUAGGACUGUGCUGCCGGUUGGCAGGGAGAGAGGCCUCGAGGCCCCCAGCGGUCCCAUGCAGGAAUGCUUCUGUCCGCUGCUGCUGCUGCUGCUGCGUGGGGACUGCGGGGAGGCUCUCGGGCUGGGCAGAGGAGACACAUCUCAGUUCCCUCAGCUUCUCUGUCCGUGGGAACAUACGGAGCUACUGGCGAGAGGACGCCGUGGCGGGAAGACCCAGGAAUCCCUGCUGGAGCCAAGUUCUCUUCCCCGUUUCUACCACGUAUGUUUCCGGUGGGAGCCCAGUGCACCCGGCCUGGGGACUCCCUGAAGGAGCGCACUGGUGACAGGACGGAUAACCCUGCGCGUCACCAUCCCACCCGCCCUCCGUCCUGACAUGGGGCUGAACCACAAAGCGUGCCUUUGCUUCUCUCUCUCUCUUUUUUUUUUUUUUUUUGCCUCCGUAAAAUGAGGCUCUCUUCUCCUUAGCUCUGCCUUUGAGUUCCUGAGUUGAAGUAACCUUGUAAAUGUAAAACUCUUCUCCCACCUAUGUCCUGCUCUUAAAAACGUCAGAAGGAAAUUCCCUGAGCCCCAGAUCCACCUAAUUUACCCCAGAAGGUUUUUGUUUUUUUUUCCAGUUUCCCCCAGUGGGGCCCCAGAGAACAGUUAUUUCUCUUUCCCUUGCUGAUUGGGUUUCACACACCUGCAUGCAUCACCAGGGCUGGGUGAGUCAGGGAGCUCCCUGCAGGCCCAGGGAGGCAAUCUAGAGGAGGCAAGGUGUGACCUGCUCCUGGAGAAUCCAGCCACUCGUUUAAUAUGCAUGGUGCCCUGUGGGGCCUCUCUCCGGGACAGAGUAACCAGAGGUGCUGAACCGUGGCUGUGCCCAUAAACAGACAGGAGAAUUUGCUCAGUAAAUAGAGCCAGCUGGGAAAAUUGAUGCUGGCAUAAAUAACACAUGGCAAAUCUAGUCUUCAUGCAGAAAUGCGUUGCCGGUGGCUCCGAGAGGCAAUGUAAUUACCCUUUUCUUCCUGCCAGCUGUACCACAGCCUUGUGCCCAGUGGAUGCAACAACCCCCUUGUCUGUUACCAGGACUGUGGCCAUCCGUCUGCGAGCUGUAAGCCUGGCUGGGAGGAGAGGAGGACACCAGGGAAGGGAAAAGAAAAGGCCACGCAGAGAAAUGAUCAGGCUUACUGAACACAUUUGUGUUUUUUUUUAAAGGAAGGUUGCCUGUCUCGGUUGGAGAGCCUGUUGUAUAAUUAAUUAGUUGUGUGUUGGCCGCAGGAAAAGGGGGAGGCAGAGGCAUAGAUGGAUGAUAUGACAUUUAAAGGUGAUACACGCAGCAGGGCUAGAGGUAAGAAGCGUGGAGCUUUGGAAGUGCACGGCGCACUGGCGAGAGGGCGUCUGCCUGAGUGGGGGCGUGAUCGGGGAGCCUGGGGGUGCUGCUGCCCCCAGGGAACACCCCAGAGGAAAUUAACCUUCAGUAUCCUCACGCUGGGAGCGGCGGCACGUUGGCACAUCUCCACAACCAUGGCAGCGAACUGUUGUACGUUAAGCUGGGAAGGGCAUAUCCCUGUGCCUCUUACCAUUUGGCAGCCUGAGCCCAUGAAGACCCCGCCAACCAAUCAAGCAUUCUUUUUUGUGGAGCUCGAAGUCUUCUGCAGUUUUUCUCCACGUGGCACUCCAGUCAGUCGGGCUUGGCAUCCACCGUGGAGCCAGUGGCCGUCUCUGGCCUGGGGAGGGCUUUGCCGUGGUUCCAGGUGCUGCGUCCCUGACUGAGGACCUAGCACAGUGUGAUUUGAGAGGCCUGUAGAGAUCCUCUGGCCCAUCUUGCCAUGUAACAGAGAAGGGGACUGAAGCCCUGGUCUGGCUGGGAAGCUCAGUUGGUGAGAGCAUCGUCCCAAUACACUAAGGUUGUGUGCGCCAUCUCUGGGCAGGGCACAUACAAGAAACAACCAGUGAGUGCAUGAAUGAGUGAAACGACACAUUGACAUUUCUUGAUCUCUCUUCCCCUUCUCUGUCUCUACAAAACAAUGAGAAAAGAAAAGGAGCUGAGGCUGCAAGAGGAGGAAUCGCGGUCCCAGUGGCAGAACCAGGCUGGGACCCAGAACUCCUGAUUCCUAGGCCGGGACUCUCUGUCCCACGUUGCCUUUGACUUCCAAUCCGCACGGCUCUGUUCCCACUGGGGCACUUCCUCCAGCUGAAUGCGCCACAGCCCUCGUCCAAGUGAGGCCUCUCUGGCCAUGGGAAGGCGCCCCCCACCAUCACUGCUCUGCCAGACCACCCAGGGACAUGCCUGCAGGACGUGGCCCCUCACACUCGCUUCCUCCUGGGGCCUUGUUCUCAGACCAGGGCGUUAGUGCCCAGCGUGCUGCCACCGCGCGCUACUCCGGUCACGCCACUCUGGACAGUUCCCCAGGUCGGCUCUUCUACCCCAGUGCCCUCGACUCCCUUAGGUGCUGCCUCUGUCCGCCCCCACUGCCCACUGCAGCUGGUGCACCCACCCUCACCUCCUCCCUUUCUUAUCCCUCAACGGUGGUCCAGGUGAUUCAGGAUCUUGGCAUGAAGAUCCAAGUUCAAAACCCUUCUGGGCCCUUGAUGGCCGAGCCAAUUAAGGUAAUGUUUCUCUUAGUGGUUAAAAUCUAUGUUGCAGGGGAAUUACAUUUUCCUUAUUGGUAAAACAUAUGUCUCAGGGAAAUUCAACAGAUGAUUGAUGUAAAGUGCCUUUCACAGGCACAUAGUAGGUGCUUGGUCACUGGUCAUUCUGGCUCUUGCCAGAACAAACAAAUAUCAGGGCACCAGGACUUCUAAGCCAUGCUGCUGCUAAUAAAAGAAACAAUAUGAUUUAUUUUUUUCACUACUGCUUGGGGGAAGGCACGGCUUCAUAAAUAUGUAUUGGAAAGUACUUAGCAAAUGAGGAGAAAUAAUAAAAAUAUGUCCCAGAAAACAGCUCCU